CUACAAAGUCCAAUAAAGCGUGGGGGAGGCCAGUACUGUCCUCGUGUCCCAAGUUUCUCUCUCCUCUACUUUUAUCCAACUCCAAUAAUUCACACAGAUCCACAGAUCGCCUCCGCUGCUAGCUUGAUUACUCUCGGCCAUCUACGAAGCGAAAUGACGGCGGGUGGUUCAUCGACGGGGCGGCUGCCGACGUGGAAGGAGAGGGAGAACAACAAGAGGCGGGAGCGGAGGAGAAGGGCCAUCGCCGCCAAGAUUUACGCCGGACUCCGAGCCCAGGGAAAUUACAAGCUCCCCAAGCACUGCGACAACAACGAGGUCCUCAAGGCCCUCUGUGCCGAGGCCGGUUGGGUCGUCGAGGAAGAUGGCACCACUUAUCGCAAGGGUUGUAAGCCACCGCCACCCGAUUCUGGACCACCAUUAAGAAACAUCAGCCUCUGUUCCUCAAUCCAACCGAGCCCAAACUCCUCGGCCUUUCCAAGCCCAGCCCCAUCCUACCCUGCCAGCCCAACAUCCUCUUCUUUCCCAAGCCCAACACGCGGUGACGGGCCCACAUCCUACAUUCUCCCUUUCCUCCACAACCUAGCUUCUCUCCCUCCCCUGCGAAUUUCCAAUAGUGCCCCCGUGACUCCACCUCUCUCCUCCCCAACUAGAAACUCGAAGCCCAAGUCCCAUUGGGAGCCCAUUUCGAACGAGCCCAUUUCAUGCCCGUCCAGCCCUUCUCGCCGCCGGCGCUUUUUCCGGCCAGUCCCCAUCCCGGAAUGCGACGAGACCGAUUUUCCGGCCACAAAUUCGGCCCGUUGGGUCAGUUUCCGGUCGGGCCCGCCAUCUCCGGGCUGCCCGGCCUCGCCGACUUACAAUCUCGUGAAGCCCACAAAUGGAGUUGAUGGGUUUGGGUGGGGCCCGGCGGCCAAGAGGGCUUGUGGGCCCGAGUUUGAGUUCGAGAGUUGCGCGGUGAAGGCGUGGGAGGGAGAGAAGAUAACCGAAUUCGGGGUGGAUGAUUUGGAGCUUACGCUUGGGACUGGAAAAACUUGUGCUUAGCGUUUAAUCGGGGAUGGAUUUUAUCUGUGGUUUACUGAACAUGGAAGAAUCAUGUUUGGUUAUGAAUUUAUUGAUUAAGCAUUUAUGGACUUGGUUCUGCUGAUGUGUGGAAGGUUAUAUUAUCGUGGGCUUUGGGUGGGAAUCGGAUCUGUUGUUGUGUAUUGGGUUUGGAAGGGGCUAUAGUGGCUGAAAAACUUGUUGUAAACUUGUAGUUUCUUGCGCUGUUCUGGUUCAUUUUCAUUCUUUGGAGUGUAUUUUAUACAAUCUUGAGGACGUGUAUAAAGAGAAUUAAAAUUGGAAAACUCGGAUUAGUAAGUACUUUAUGUUGUUGGUUUCUCGUUGUUGAAAUGGCCAGAGUUUGUAUGUUGUAAUCUAUGUUGCAUUUGCAACACAUUGACAUGUAUACACCAGCUUCCACUAGUUUGAAAAAUUUGGAAUAGUUUAUCCUUGGGAGAGAUCGUAAAAAUGAUCAUUAUUACUAUUACGAUUAUUCUCAUUAUUAUUAUUCUAUGGGAGCGUUACAUUUAUGGUUUCUUAGAGUUAGGGGAUGCUUGGUACAUUAUAAAACUUGUACUUUUAUCAAGUUUGGAGAGGGUGAUUGAUGCUGAGGUUGUAAAAGCAUUUCUUUACUUUUAAUUGUAAAAGCCAACUAGAAGAUGUAAAAGCAUUGAUUUGUAUGUACAAGGACAACUAAAAGUAUAACAGUAGAAGUAGAAAUUUAAAAGUACUCAUCCGCGUACUAUUGAAACUUCGCUAUUUAUCUACUGACGUAAUUU